AUGAGUGGGGCUGUGGCCUUCUGUCCACACAGACGCCACAAAGACAGACACCAGCACAGACGCCACAAAGACAGACACCAGCACAGACGCCACAAAGACAGACACCAGCACAGACGCCACAAAGACAGACACCAGCACAGACGCCACAAAGACAGACACAGCACAGACGCCACAAAGACAGACACCAGCACAGACGCCACAAAGACAGACACAGCACAGACGCCACAAAGACAGACACCAGCACAGACGCCACAAAGACAGACACCAGCACAGACGCCACAAAGACAGACACCAGCACAGAUGCCACAAAGACAGACACCAGCACAGACGCCACAAAGACAGACACCAGCACAGACGCCACAAAGACAGACACCAGCACAGACGCCACAAAGACAGACACCAGCACAGACGCCACAAAGACAGACACAGCACAGACGCCACAAAGACAGACACCAGGUAAGAUGCCACAAAGACAGACACCAGCACAGAUGCCACAAAGACAGACACCAGCACAGACGCCACAAAGACAGACACCAGCACAGAUGCCACAAAGACAGACACCAGCACAGACGCCACAAAGACAGACACCAGCACAGACGCCACAAAGACAGACACCAGCACAGACGCCACAAAGACAGACACCAGCACAGACGCCACAAAGACAGACACCAGCACAGACGCCACAAAGACAGACACCAGCACAGACGCCACAAAGACAGACACCAGCACAGAUGCCACAAAGACAGACACCAGCACAGACGCCACAAAGACAGACACCAGCACAGACGCCACAAAGACAGACACCAGCACAGACGCCACAAAGACAGACACCAGCACAGACGCCACAAAGACAGACACCAGGUAAGAUGCCACAAAGACAGACACCAGCACAGACGCCACAAAGACAGACACCAGCACAGACGCCACAAAGACAGACACCAGCACAGACGCCACAAAGACAGACACCAGCACAGACGCCACAAAGACAGACACCAGCACAGACGCCACAAAGACAGACACCAGCACAGACGCCACAAAGACAGACACCAGCACAGAUGCCACAAAGACAGACACCAGCACAGAUGCCACAAAGACAGACACCAGGUAAGAUGCCACAAAGACAGACACCAGCACAGACGCCACAAAGACAGACACCAGGUAAGAUGCCACAAAGACAGACACCAGCACAGACGCCACAAAGACAGACACCAGGUAAGAUGCCACAAAGACAGACACCAGCACAGACGCCACAAAGACAGACACCAGCACAGACGCCACAAAGACAGACACCAGCACAGACGCCACAAAGACAGACACCAGGUAAGAUGCCACAAAGACAGACACCAGCACAGACGCCACAAAGACAGACACCAGGUAAGAUGCCACAAAGACAGACACCAGCACAGACGCCACAAAGACAGACACCAGCACAGACGCCACAAAGACAGACACCAGCACAGAUGCCACAAAGACAGACACCAGGUAAGAUGCCACAAAGACAGACACCAGCACAGACGCCACAAAGACAGACACCAGGUAAGAUGCCACAAAGACAGACACCAGCACAGACGCCACAAAGACAGACACCAGCACAGACGCCACAAAGACAGACACCAGCACAGACGCCACAAAGACAGACACCAGGUAAGAUGCCACAAAGACAGACACCAGCACAGACGCCACAAAGACAGACACCAGGUAAGAUGCCACAAAGACAGACACCAGCACAGACGCCACAAAGACAGACACCAGCACAGACGCCACAAAGACAGACACCAGCACAGACGCCACAAAGACAGACACCAGCACAGAUGCCACAAAGACAGACACCAGGUAAGAUGCCACAAAGACAGACACCAGCACAGACGCCACAAAGACAGACACCAGGUAAGAUGCCACAAAGACAGACACCAGCACAGACGCCACAAAGACAGACACCAGGUAAGAUGCCACAAAGACAGACACCAGCACAGACGCCACAAAGACAGACACCAGCACAGACGCCACAAAGACAGACACCAGCACAGACGCCACAAAGACAGACACCAGCACAGACGCCACAAAGACAGACACCAGGUAAGAUGCCACAAAGACAGACACCAGCACAGACGCCACAAAGACAGACACCAGCACAGACGCCACAAAGACAGACACGAGCACAGACGCCACAAAGACAGACACCAGCACAGACGCCACAAAGACAGACACCAGCACAGACGCCACAAAGACAGACACCAGCACAGACGCCACAAAGACAGACACCAGGUAAGAUGCCACAAAGACAGACACCAGCACAGACGCCACAAAGACAGACACCAGCACAGAUGCCACAAAGACAGACACCAGCACAGACGCCACAAAGACAGACACCAGCACAGAUGCCACAAAGACAGACACCAGCACAGACGCCACAAAGACAGACACCAGCACAGACGCCACAAAGACAGACACCAGCACAGAUGCCACAAAGACAGACACCAGCACAGACGCCACAAUGACAGACACCAGCACAGACGCCACAAAGACAGACACCAGCACAGACGCCACAAAGACAGACACCAGCACAGAUGCCACAAAGACAGACACCAGGUAAGAUGCCACAAAGACAGACACCAGCACAGACGCCACAAAGACAGACACCAGGUAAGAUGCCACAAAGACAGACACCAGCACAGAUGCCACAAAGACAGACACCAGGUAAGAUGCCACAAAGACAGACACCAGCACAGACGCCACAAAGACAGACACCAGCACAGACGCCACAAAGACAGACACCAGACAGACACCAGCACAGACGCCACAAGACAGACACCAGAAGACGCCACAAAGACAGACACCAGCACAGACGCCACAAAGCACAAGACAGACACCAGCACAGACGCCACAAAGACAGACACCAGCACAGACGCCACAAAGACAGACACCAGCACAGACGCCACAAAGACAGAGCACACAGCACAAGACGCCACAAAGACAGACACCAGCACAGACGCCACAAAGACAGACACCAGCACAGACGCCACAAAGACAGACACCAGCACAGACGCCACAAAGACAGACACCAGCACAGAGCCACAAAGACAGACACCAGCACAGAGCCACAAAGACAGACACCAGCACAGACGCCACAAAGACAGACACCAGCACAGACGCCACAAAGACAGACACCAGCACAGACGCCACAAAGACAGACACCAGCACAGACGCCACAAAGACAGACACCAGCACAGACGCCACAAAGACAGACACCAGCACAGACGCCACAAAGACAGACACCAGCACAGACGCCACAAGACAGACAGACACCACACAGACCACGCCACAAAGACAGACACCAGCACAGACGCCACAAAAGACAGACACCAGCACAGACGCCCACAAAGACAGACACCAGCACGAGCACCAGCACAGACGCCACAAAGACAGACACCACCAGCACAAAGACACAAGCAGCACAGCACGCCACAAAGACAGACACCAGCACAGACGCCACAAAGACAGACACCAGACACAGACGCCACAAAGACAGACACCAGCACAGACGCCACAAAGACAGACACCAGCACAGACCACAAAGACAGACACCAGCACAGACGCCACAAAGACAGACACCAGCACAGACGCCACAAAGACAGACACCAGCACAGACGCCACAGACAGCCAAGACAGACACCAGCACAGACGCCACAAAGAAGACACCAGCACAGACGCCACAAAGACAGACACCAGCACAGACGCCACAAAGACAGACACCAGCACAGACGCCACAAAGACAGACACCAGCACAGACCACAGACACAGCAGCACCAGCACAGACGCCACAAAGACAGACACCAGCACAGACGCACCACAAAGACAGACACCAGCACAGACAGCCACAAAGACAGACACCAGCACAGACGCCACAAAGACAGACACCAGCACAGACGCCACAAAGACAGACAGACCAGCACAGACGCCACAAAGACAGACACCAGCACAGAUGCCACAAAGACAGACACCAGCACAGACGCCACAAAGACAGACACCAGCACAGACGCCACAAAGACAGACACCAGCACAGACGCCACAAAGACAGACACCAGCACAGACGCCACAAAGACAGGCACCAGCACAGACGCCACAAAGACAGACACCAGCACAGACGCCACAAAGACAGACACCAGCACAGACGCCACAAAGACAGACACCAGCACAGAUGUAUCACUUUCAGCUGAUGGUGUCCCAUUUAACUGUUUUCAGAGAGAAAGGUAA